AGUGUCUGUAAGCAACCUACAGAAGUUUGUGCUUCCAGUAUAUCUGUUGGGUCCUAUACACAAGCAAAGAAUAGAACAAAGGAACAUGGAGAAGAUGCAGGACCUGUAUCUUCGUACACGGGUGAAAAGGGUAACCCGAUAUCCACUAAAACAGAGGAAGCAGGAUUAGAAGAUGUGCCACGGUCCCAGAUGGUAUCUAAAGACGUACAUGCUUUAUACAAGCACAUCAAGCCUACCAUUAAAAGCAAAGAUACAGCUCUCAAAAAACAAAAAUGGUGGAAGCAAAAAAUAAAACGGAAAUCAGAUUCACUUUGCCAUAUGUCAUCAGAGGAAUUGAAGGAGAGGGUUGAUGGCAAGGAAAAAAGCCAUGGACAGAGUGUCUGUGAGAAACCUCCAGAGGUUUGUACUUCUAGCAUAUCUGGUGUGUCCUCUUCACAAUCAAAGAAUAGAAUAAAUGGACAUAGAGAAGAUGCAGGACAUGUGUCUUUGUACAAGGGUGAAAAAGAAAACAUUACAUCACCUAAAACAAAGGAAGCAGGAUUAGAAGAUGUGCCACGGUCCCAGAUGGGCUCUAAGGACGUACAUGCUUCCUACAAGCCGACCAUCAAAAGCAAAGAUACAGUUCCCCAAAAACCAAAAUGGAAGAAUGGAACAAAAACACUGGAAUCAGGUAACUGUUGCAGUACAGCUUCUAUAAAACUGCCUAUGUUUAAACCUUGGAAAUGAUAGCAAUCUUCUCACUCCUAAUAUAUCCAUUUUCUGCCAUGUGUUGGGAGGAGUUGCCCCAUCGGGUCUGUGUUGGUGCUGCAUCCACAUUUCAAAAUAUUUCUGUAAAUGUCUGAGGAAAUGAUGUUUUAAAAUAACCUAUAUCACAGGUGUUUCUACAAUUAAACUUCAUGACACCUGUUAGUUGGAUUGUGGGGCUGAUAUUUCUUCCCACCCAAAUUUUAAAAAUAGGUCCAGGGGAGCAGGACUGAAAUCCAGAAUCCUGAUAUUAUGAGGAAUUCUAGUUUUCUUGAAGCCAAGAUGUCAAGGCCAGUCUGUGAAAUACAGGAAAAUCUCAUUUAUAAGACAAUGUGCACUCUACCCUGACAUCUAGUGUGACAUCACAUGUCUUAUGUGCAUCAAAGUUGUUUUUAUGCCACUUAUGCCCUGACUCUGACAACUCUUGUGGGAAGUUUGAGGCAAGAAAUAAUAAGAUGUGCGAUCAUAUAUACUUUAGUUUACCCCUUGCUUCUAAAGUGAACAUUUGCUGGUGAACACUCUUUCCUGAAAUUUUAACUCAGAGUAGUCAAUCCAUACCUGCAUAUCCCAAUGGAAUUUUUGCUCAUUGUUCUUUGUCUUGUUGUUUGCUCGUUUCAUCUGUAUGGUAAAAACAGAACCCAGAUCCUUUUGGAGACAUUCCUUCCAUUCAGGCCUGCAUCAACCUCAUAGAGCAAUUUGCAUUCUCAUUAUUCAUCUCCAAUCAUGAACAUGCCCCUCAAGUUCACAUGCCCACAGAAUUGAGAUGGUUCCAGAUACAUAUGUGCCCAUGGCAUAGAUGACAUUCUUUGGUAUGUGUAUGUCCAAGCACCUUAACAUUUCGAGGCAUCUUUCACAGUGCAAGUCUUCCUAAAUCUAUCUUUAGCCCGUUUUCUACCGACAUGAACUUCUGGCAGUUUUCACCAAUCCCUGUAUCAUCAGACAUAUACCAUCCCCCUUAACCCUUGUCUCUGUGUCAUACUAUAGCUUUCCACAUUUUCACCAUUCUCUUCCUCUGGCUGAUGGCCUCACUCCUCAAGUCUCCAUUCAUCCUUACCUCUAGAAAAGACACCAUCCACGCCAAGUGUUAUUGCCUCAGACACUUACCUGACACUUUAUUAUGGGUGUUCAAACCAGUGGGUUGAAAAGGAGACCCUGAAGUCCAGGACCUAGAGAACUAGACAGAGAAGGAAUAAUUUACAGGUCAAGUGGUUGUUAACAAGUACAAUAGCGGGUCAUGGUCUGAGGUAGCUAACACCAGAAAAGCAAAAACAGUUUAUUUCAGGAUUUAAAAGGCACCAUGAGAAAUCCUUCCAAAAACAUAGUGAUUCCUAACAGAAGAAAUGCAGGAAAAGGAAAGGAAAGGAAUAUGGGGUUCACUGGCAAAGGUAUGACAGUGACC